AUGGCCUCACAGAACGCCGACCCCGCCGCCGUGUCCAGCGCGGCCGCCCACAAAGCGGCUGAGACCGGGGCCACGGCGGCCCGCGGCGCGGUGGGCAAGAGGCUGCAGCAAGAACUGAUGGCGUUGAUGAUGUCCGGUGACAAAGGCAUUUCCGCCUUCCCCGAGUCCGACAACCUCUUCAAGUGGAUCGGGACCAUUGACGGCGCCGCCGGGACGGCCUACGAGGAGCUGCGGUACAAGCUGUCGCUGGAGUUCCCUAGCGGGUACCCCUACACAGCACCCACCGUGCGGUUCCUGACCCCCUGCUUCCACCCCAAUGUCGACACCCAGGGCAACAUCUGCCUCGACAUCCUCAAGGAGAAGUGGUCAGCGCUGUAUGAUGUCCGCACCAUCCUGCUCUCCAUACAGAGCCUGCUGGCAGAGCCAAACAUCGAGAGCCCUCUGAACACACAUGCAGCCGAGCUCUGGAAGAACCAAGUCGCCUACAAGAAGUAUGUGCGGGAGACGUACAACAAGCAGACCAAGAGCCAGGAGACCUGACCAUCACCAUGGCCCCUCAG